AUGUGGAACGGGAGUGUAUCCGGAGAGGGCUCCGACCAGCGAGGGAGUGCCACCUGUGCAGAUAAGGCGCGAAAGGGAUCGGGCGGAGGGAGCACUCCGGCGCGGAUCGAUGGGGAUGGCGCACCGAAGAACACCGUCAGUACACGUAUCUGGCGACUACGGCAGCCGGCACCGUCGCGUUGUAGCCCGCCAACGUGCGGCGCGCAGCUCCCGAGCACCCCACGCCCACGCCCACCUCUGUGCUCCUUUCCCCCCAUACGUACUGCCGUCAGCCACAUACCCUGCCGCCCGCCGUCACCAGUAUAUAGUUCUCCCUCUUCCCACAGUCCCCCCCCACCUUCAAAUCCCCAUCCUCAGAACUGUACUCCUCCCGGCCCCCCACACAUCCUCGCCCCCUUGUCAUACGAUUUUGCAUUUCAACUCCUGCCGAUCUUGUGUCUUGCCUCACCGGCCUUGCUGCAUAUAGUCCCCUGUCCCCCACACCGACCCUUGCAUCGCAGAUCCGUCCUACAAUCACCGCACUAUACAGCAAUGGCUCCAGCUGCAGAAAAAAUGUCUGAAGUCUCUGGACCACGUUCAUCUAAGAUCGAAUCGCUCAACCUCUACGGCGAUGUGGCCAAGGCCAAGCAGGGCUACGUCCCCGACGAACGCAUCCCCACCCUCUCAGAGAUCAAGCGCGUCAUCCCUCAGCAUUGCUUCCGACCCAACCUCGCCCUCAGCAUCUACUAUGUCCUCCGGGACAUAGCCUUCAUAUCUGCAUUGUACUACGGCGCUUUUGUGACCUACGGCACGAAAUGGCAUACCGCCUAUCUUCCAUUCUUUUGGUUCUUCACAGGCUUCUUCAUGUGGGCCAUCUUCGUCCUUGGACACGACUGCGGCCAUGGAAGCUUUUCCAGAUACAAGAAACAUCAUAAGAACACCGGUAAUUACGAGAAGGACGAAAUUUUCUACCCCAUGCCUGAAUCGGAAUACGAGGGCGUCGAUUCAUUUGCUCGUUUCAUCUACCAUGAGCUUUUCUUCCUUGGUGUCCUCGGGUACCCCGUCUAUCUUCUCAAGGGUUAUGGGAAUGCAAUGAAGAAUGGUUCCCACUUUUCCACAACGUCAGAGCUAUUCACAAAGGAUGAGCGCCCGCUCAUCGUCACCACCCUCACUUGCUGGUCCGUCAUGGCUACUUUCCUCCUGACCUGUGGCAUUCGUUUUGGAUUCGGCAAUCUCAUGACCUAUUACGGAAUCCCGUUUUUCAUCUACUGCGGCUGGCUCCUAGUUGUCACCUUUCUUCACCACACAGAGCCCGGCACGAAAUGGUACAACACAAAAAAUUGGAACUAUGUCAAGGGUAACCUCGAGUCUGUCGAUCGUGUUUACGGUCUGCUCGAGCAUUUCCAUCAUGACAUCGGAACUCAUGUCGUUCAUCACCUCUUCCCGGCUAUUCCUCACUACCACCUCAAAGAAGCCAAUGCCGCUGUCCGACCGUUCUUGGGAGACUUGCACAAGAUUGAAAAGAUGAACCCGCUCAUGCAGCUUCCGAGUAGCGUCAAAGCCUGGCAGUCUGCUCACGUCAUCCCUGACUCAACUGAUGUCUUCGUCAUUCCGAAAGCCUAA